AUGCAAUUCUCAACCCUUGUUUCAUUAGCUGCUGUUAUUGUUUCAACCAACGCUGCUGCUCUUCUUACUCAAACAGUUGAAUCUUCAACCGUUGUUACCAUUACUUCAUGUGGUCCAGAACACACAAACUGUCCAGCUUCUUCUCCAGCUACACCAGCUCCAGCUCCUUCUGCUUCUGCUCCAGCUCCACCAGCCCCAGAGCAACCAGAACCAUCUGCUCCAGCACCAGCUCCAUCCGCUCCAGCUCCUGAACAACCAGAACAGCCAGCUACCCCAGCCACCCCAGCUGCUCCAGCUACCCCAGCCACUCCAGCUGCUCCAGAACCAUCUGCUCCAGCUCCAGAACAACCAGCUUCUCCAGCUGCUCCAGCUCCAGCACCAUCUGCUCCAGCUCCAGCUCCUGAGCAACCAGAACAACCAGCUGCUCCAACUACAAAAGAAGCAGAAUCAACUCCAGCUCCAGCACCAUCUGCCCCAGCACCACCUGCCCCAGAGCAGCCAGAAUCUGCCCCAGCUCCAGCACCAUCCGCACCAGCACCAGAACAACCAGAAUCUUCCCCAGCUCCAGCCCCAUCUGCUCCAGCUUCAGUUCCAGAACAACCAGCUUCUUCAGUUUCUAACUCUACUGGUCCAUCUAGUGUACCUACUUUUGAAGGUGCUGCUGCUAAACAAUACAUUACUGGUAGUGUUGCUGUUAUCGCUGCUGCUUUAUUGGCUUUGUAA